AUGUGCGGCAUUCUGGCAAUUUUCUCGGAGAAUGGAGCAGCUAUAGCAGCUCAAGAGUUUGCAGGCAGCGUGCACAGCUUGCGGGAGCUGGCGUAUCGUCAAAGUGCCAAGCAACGUCAUCGUGGGCCAGACGAUACGGGCGUGGAACUCAAUGCAGAGCAGGGCGUGGCUUUGGUGCACGAGCGUCUGUCGGUAAUAGGCGUGGCCACAGGACAUCAGCCGCUUUACUCGCAGGACGGCAACAUUGCGCUCAUAGUCAAUGGCGAGAUCUACAAUUAUGUGGAGCUGAGCGAGCAGAUUUCCAAGCGCGUGCCCGGCUAUAAGCCCAAGAGCGACAGCAAUGUGAUUAUUGAACUGUAUGAGCAACUUGGUGCAGCUCUGCUGCAACAUAUACGUGGCAUGUUCAGCUUUGUGUUGUACGAUAAGCGACAGCAGCAGCUGCUGGUGGCACGUGAUCCCUUGGGCAUCAUACCGCUCUACAUGGGCAAGGAUGCUGGCGGCAAUCUGUGGUUUGCCUCGGAAAUGAAGUGUCUGGUCGAGGUGUGCACGCAGCUGAGCAACUUUCCGCCAGGACAUGUGGCAGCAGGCACUGUGCAACAGCUGCAAACCAAACGUUAUUACGAGCCCAACUGGCGCACAGUGUUGCCCACACAGCCAGUGAAUCUGCAGGAGCUGCGCGAGCAACUGCAGCGUGCAGUGCUUUCUCAUUUGCAAUGCGAUGUGCCCUUUGGCGCUUUGCUGUCGGGUGGGGUCGACUCCAGUCUCAUAGCUGCCAUGGCCAGCAAACUGAUGCGACAACGCCAGCCCAACUAUAAGCUGCGCACCUUUGCCGUGGGCAUGCCGGGCUCUCCAGACUUUGAGCAUGCGCGGCAGGUGGCGCAGUUUAUAGACAGUGAGCAUACCGAGGUGAGCUUCAAAGUGGCGGAUUGCUUGGAUGGCGUGCGUGAUUUGAUUUAUCAUCUGGAGUCCUACGAUGUGGCCACAGUGCGUUGCAGUCUGCCCAUGUUCUAUCUGGCCAGAUAUGUGAAGAGCACGGGCAUUAAGAUGAUACUCUCCGGCGAGGGCGCAGAUGAACUGUUCGGUGGCUAUCUCUACUUCCAUCAGGCGCCGGACUAUGCACAGUUCCAUGCCGAAAUGAUUACACGCUGUGAGCAGCUGCACGUCUCGGAUAUUUUACGCGCCAAUAAGGUAACCAUGUCCAAGGGCUUGGAGCUGCGUGUGCCCUUUCUGGACACUGCCUUUGUGGACUAUGCUAUGAACAUUAGACCGCAGGAUAAAAUUCCUGGAGCACUGAAUGAAUUUGGCGGCGAGCGCAAGUGGCGCUUGGAGAAGUUUGUGCUACGCAAAGCAUUCGAGGAUGGCUAUCUGCCUGAGAGUGUGCUCUGGCGCCAGAAGGAACAGUUCUCCGAUGGUGUAGGCUAUGCUUUGAUUGAUGCACUGCCUCAAUAUGCUGCACGUCAUGUGAGCGAUGCGCAGCUGCUUGCAGCGCCUAAACGCUUUCCCAUCAAUCCACCCAAGACCAAGGAGGCCUACUGGUAUCGCCAGAUCUUUGAGGAGCAAUUUCCAGGCGAUGCUGCGGCGCUUACAGUGGAAAAGUGGGCGCCACGACUGGACUGGGGCUGUCCAGAAGAUCCAUCGGGACGCGCUCAAGCGGCGCAUCAGAAUGCCUAUGGAAAGUGUUAA